AUGGAUGCAGGUAUGAAGGACAGGAAAACUCAAAGGCGCAGCUCGGCCGCCCCGGCCGCGCCCUCCGGCCAGUCGAAACACUCGCACGAACCACUAUAUCAUACCGACACUGCGCCCUCGGCCCGCAGCGUUUCGUCGAAGCGUCGUCCAAGCCAAGAUCCCGAUUGUUCCUCCGAUCGCCCACAACACCCAUCCCUUUCUCGUGUGAAGGGCAGAAGCAAUAUGUAUACCCCGCCACGCUUGACAAGCGAGGUUUCAUGGCUGAGGGAUGAAUCGCCGGUCCAUGUUGGGACGAGAACGCCUCCUCGGCAGUGCAAAACACCGGAUAAUGGCACCCCUACGCUCGUGAAUCCUGCCUCUACACUCCUGCAAGACCUCCUCAAAGAACAGCGAGCUCACCGAAUUUCACGAGGAGCUUUACCGGAGGACUGGGAUGACAGUGGCCCACGAACACCCGAAGGAUCACGAUUGCAGGACGACACGGCCUCGGAGAAAGCACGCAAAGUUAACGAUGCGUUCGCCGCCGGGCAGCGGCAACCGAAGGAGAUGGGCAUGCGAGAGAUGGAUCAGUACGUUUCAAAAAUGAACAAAUUGAAUUUCGACCUCAAGCUCGAAAUUCACCACCGCGCGGAGCAGAUGCAGCAGCUCCGGGAGAAGGUGCAGCGCAUGGAGGAGAUGGAGAAAGAGCUGCGGCGCAUGCAUAAAUUGGAAGAAGAGGUCGUGGAGCUGCGGGUCACGGAAAAGCACAACCAGCGUCUACGCGAGUCGAAUGAGCUGUUGCGCCAGGAGCUGGAUAAGCGGAAUGUGGCCGUCACCGAGGCUGUUCAGCUUAUUUGCCAGCUUGAGGCUAAGAUUGAUGAGCUCGAGUUGGGUGGACGGACGUCACAGAUGUCCGUGAGCCGACCGGUGCUCGAUGAGCCCAACGCAACGACACCUAAACGCCAAACUGCCAUUGAAAUCCCUGAAAGGACCUCGUCCAAGCGCAACUUGGCCACAAUGUCGUCUCAUACACUCCAGCCGCAGUCUUCUGAACUGCGUCAGCUCAGCAAGGCACCAUCGUUCUUGCGCGCUGACAACCGGAGCACAGCGACUCUGCGCAGUCUGUAUGCCCCGGAGAACAAUACGUCCCACUCGGCCCUGAGUGCCCUGACCAAAUCACAAAGCUUCAAUACCAUCGACGACGUGCCAGAGUCGCCCCGACUCAGUGUCCUGAGCGAGUGCAGUGAGCUAAAUCCACUCGAUACCCCGACACGCUGGAAUGAAUUCGACAAGCUGGAUAUUCCAGUUCGUCGGACUCCAUCCACUACAGGCAGCUUGCAUAGCUACAUGUCUCCAAUCGAGCACGAAGAGAGCAAGGAAGACCAGAUCGACCGCUGGAUGCAGUCGCGGCCGGACAUGUCCGAGACCAUUGUCAGAAGGCGGCAAACCCGGGCCAUGUCUGAUGCGUCGAAGACUGUAAGCUCGCCGUUUGGAAGCGGCUUAUACCAGGACAAACCUCGUGGUCGUCCGCGCUUAGACGCCUCACUUUUCGGGGGCGCAAGGCUGCCUCCGACCCCUGACACAAUGAGCACGGCUCGCGCACCGGUCAACAACGGUUCCGACGGCAGCAUUGCAGCUCAGAAAAGCCCCAAGCCAGACCGAGACCAGUGGUUGGCUGGGAGACCCCUUGAACGUCAUCGUUCUGCAGAUGAGCUCACAGUUAGACACAGCUUUAAUAGCAGCUUCAACGGCAGCUUCAACGGCAGCGAAAGCAUGCAGGCGAAUUGGAGCGACACGCCUCGUCUUGGAACAACAAAUGACGAUUCACCCACUUUCUUCCCCUUCAACACUGUUGCUAACAAGGCGAGUGCGCUGCUUGGUCCGGGCAGUCCGAACAAUCCAUCCGUCCAGUCCUUUGGCGACGUCUUCCAUCAAAAUAGCAACGAAGCCGUACCCCGAACAGUCAAGCAACAUAAAACCCCUACCAAGGCUCGCCCGAUGGUUGUCGCUCCUGAACUGGAGCGAUUUGAUGAAUGGGAGUCCCCCUCGCCUCCUCUGACACCAAACGACUGGGUUGCAGCUGCGAAGCGAGGCCCUCGCUCUCGCAAAGAGCGUAAACCCCCACGCACCAUUGGCAAGGCAGCCUUCCAUGACGACCACAGCAUCGCCUCUAUUCCGACAGAACCCGAUGGACCUGAAAUCCCAACCCUGGACAUGACUACGCUCGACAUCCUCGAACAAUCAAUGGUCGAGAUCCCCAUCGCAGACGGCACCCAGCCCCAGCCUGUACCUGCACCUGAAGCCCGGCGUCGCAUCAGCUUCCUACCCACCUUCUUACGAUCCAACAACACUAAACGCCUCCAAUCCUCCCCAGUCAUCAAUGACUUCGCCGCCGAUGACGACGACGAAGAAGAGGGUGCCCCUUCACCCGUCAUCCCAAAGAGCAGGACUCCAGGCAAACCUCGCCGCCCCUUGUCCCAAACCAUCACUAGCUCCGCAGACGUUUACUCCUCCAGCCUGCCCACAGCAAAUGACCUCGAUGCUCCCUUAGACCAUAAACCACUGCACCAAUCCCUCAUGGAAGCUCGGGAGAACCAUGCUCCUCCAAAUUUCUCAGCCACCAUCUCCGGCCGCCCCUCCACAUCCCACAGCAUGGAGAACCACAAGCGCCGCAGCUCGCUGGGUAUCUUCGGGUGGAUGAAGGGCGUGAGCGGUAAGCGUUCGGAGCCUGCGAGCCCCACGCUGGCUGAGAAAACCGUCAACAAGGAGAACCGCGCGCCAUCGCGGCUUGUGCAGGAUGGUUUCCCGCGAGCGGAGACGCCAGAUUCGUUUGAUGCGCCGAUCGUGCGUCCGCGCUCGGAGAUGACGAUGCACUCGGAUGAUCAGGCCCGGAAGCCGCGGUAUAUGGGACGGCGAUCGCGAAGAGGCUGA